UGGUCCCAAUUGUUGCGAACGGUGCCUAGUCGAGGUGGUUGAUCUUCUCGCACACUUUCACUCACUGCGGCUCUGUAGGGCGUCCAUGUCGGCCAAAACAAGUGCGAAGUUUGCGAAAAGUAUUUUUUAUAUUUCGACCGUUUUGUAAACGAAUCCAUGACUAUAAAUGGAAUACCUUUGACAGUUCAUUUAUGCAUACCACAUGACUUUUGACUAACAUGGUAACACAUAAACUUAUAGGUAAAAAAAGUAAUAGAUGGCGCACCCAGUAGAUGCCACAUAUGUCAAAGGAUUUUCAUAUCUCAAUAUACCAAUCGAGAUAUACCUAUCAAUGGAAAAAAUACAAAGACUUACAUAAACAAAAAACUUGUGAUAAAAAGACAACCACUCAUGACAUCACGUCAUACAAGAUGUUUCGCCUAAGCAUCGCAAUCCUUGCACUCGUUGCAGCUGCUAACGCAGCUGUUCACAAUGUUACAUCGUUCGGUGCCGAUCCUACCGGAAGGCGAUCAAGUACUGAGGCUAUAGCUCUAGCUAUCAAUGCAGCUGCUGCUGAAAAUGGAGGUAUCGUCCAUUUACCUGCUGGCAGCUACUCAAGUGGGCCCAUCGAGUUGAAGGAUGGAGUUAUUCUAGAUGUCGCUGCUGGGUGUGUCAUUACGUUCCUUCCAGAUGCCAACUUGUAUCCUCCUUUGAUUGUGAAAUUACCUGGAAAGAUGAGGCAUCUCCCAUUCACACCACUAAUCCGUGCCACAGGAGUGAAGAACGUAGGUAUCAGAGGAGAGGGAAUUCUCGAAGGAAAUGGACCAAUUUGGUGGAACAGACUCCCUCCACCAGCAACUAGGCCUACUUUCAUCUACGGCUUUGACAGUCACAACUUUGUCAUCAAUGGAGUUACCAUUAGAAACAGUCCCAUGAACAAUAUCCACCUCUGUGAUACCACUGGCAUCUCUAUCCAGAGAGUCAAAAUCUUCAACCCACCAGAUUUUCAUGGCAAAGGACCCAACACUGACGGUAUCAACCUCAUAUCAUGCAGAUAUGUCCACAUCGCUGGAUGUACUAUCGGCACAGGUGAUGACUGCAUAGCACUAAAUGCAGGAGGCAUCGGCUCCAAACGCAUUGCUACAACCAACGUGCUUAUAGAAGAUUGUCACAUGACAGCUGGACAUGCUGCAGUCAGUGUUGGCAGUGUCACUUCAGGUGGACUCCACAACAUCACUGUGAGGAACCUUAUGGUUGAGAAUACAGUGAGGGGACUGUUUAUAAAGACAAACAGGGAGAGAGGUGGUCUGAUCGAGAAUAUUAAUUACAGCAACAUAAUAAUGUUAAACGUUAGAGGUGAGGGAAUAGCUAUAUCCACCGUAUACGACUCCAAACAUCAGGAUUAUCAUAAUAAAGACAUUCCUGAGGAGCCUAUCAAGGAUACCACUCCAUUUAUACGUGACAUCACUUACGAUGGUAUUGGUGGGAGUUGUGGAAACGAGCCAGUAUUGCUGGUAGGAGUACCUGAAUCCCCAGUGAGGAAUAUUAACAUAAGUAACUUGAAUGUCCGAUCGUUGAAACACAAGGGAAAUUAUUUGUACCAUACAGACAGUAUUGUAAUCAAUGGUAGACAGCAAUAGACUUUGAAAUAUGUGUUUCAUUUUCUAACCGCUAUAGUCUUUCCAUUAUUAUUAGACAAAGAACUCCAUUCUAUAUCUUAUUCAAAUGAGACUUACGUCCCGUAUAGGCAUAUUAGAGUCCGUUCUUCGUUUUUACGAUACUAAUGCAUACUGCUGAGAUGCUGAAUACUGAAGACGAAAUAAUUGCCAUUGCUAUUGUUUAUGCUAGAAGACAGUAGCAGAAACAUACAUUAAGAGUACUACUAAGGGGUGGGAAACGGUUUAUCCGUCAGAUUCAGUGCGGUGAUAUUUACGGUACCUGUAGGGUUGAGUCUUCUUCAGCUAUCGUUCGUUAGAUAACACUUCAGGAAACUGUCUGCUUAACAUAAGGUGCAUUACUAUAUACAGGGUGGCGCAUCGAAAACGAAACAGACGCAUUUACUGGCAGCUCAGUUUUUUUUUGAAAGGCGCUCAGAC